AUGUAUCCAUCUCAUCAUCAUACCCAUGAUGCUACCCACCAUCUACCACCUCUCGCCAGUCAGACAGUCGGUGCUACAUUAAGUACACAUGGAGGCAGUAAAGACAGUGUGAAAGUGCAGCAGUUAUUCGAAGAUCAUCAUAAUAAAACCAGUGGAAUCGACAAAAGCCAAGUCCGGGAAGUUAUUCAAAAUGGCGACCAAGAUCAGGGAAGAACAAAUUCAAAGAACCAAGUUACUUCAGUCGGUAUGCGACCAAGCUCUAGUAAUACUAGUUUGGUCAGUAAAGGUGGUUCAGCAGCAAGGAGGAGUAAUUCUAUGAGCCCAGAGGUGGCUAUGAAACAGUACAUGCAUAAAUUGAGUUCUUUUGAACAUCAUGAAAUAUUUAAUUAUCCUCAAAUUUACUUUGUUGGGCAGAAUGCUAAGAAACGACAAGGAGUUGUUGGUGCUGCCAGUAAUAAUGGAUAUGAUGAUGAAAAUGGAUCCUAUGUGCAUGUACCUCAUGAUCACAUUAGCUAUCGUUACGAAGUGUUAAAAGUUAUUGGUAAAGGAAGUUUUGGUCAGGUUGUGAAAGCUUAUGAUCAUAAGGCAGGGGCACACAUAGCUUUAAAAAUGGUUCGCAACGAAAAACGAUUCCAUCGCCAAGCGCAAGAAGAAAUUCGAAUAUUGGAACAUUUAAAGAAACAGGACAAAGAAAAUACGAUGAACAUUGUUCACAUGUUAGAGCAUUUCACUUUUAGAAAUCACAUUUGCAUCACAUUUGAACUUUUAAGUAUGAAUUUAUAUGAACUUAUCAAAAAGAACAAAUUCCAAGGAUUUAGUUUACAGUUAGUACGUAAAUUUGCACAUUCUAUUUUACAGUGUUUAGAUGCCUUGUAUCGUAAUCGUAUUAUACACUGUGAUCUCAAACCAGAAAACAUUCUCUUAAAACAACAAGGGAGAAGUGGAAUUAAAGUCAUAGAUUUUGGAUCAAGCUGUUAUGAACAUCAGAGAAUCUAUACAUACAUUCAGUCUCGGUUUUAUCGGGCUCCAGAGGUGAUUUUAGGAACUAAAUAUGGCAUGGCUAUAGAUAUGUGGAGUUUAGGAUGUAUUUUAGCAGAAUUAUUAACAGGUUAUCCAUUAUUUCCUGGGGAAGAUGAAGGUGACCAAUUGGCAUGUAUUAUUGAAUUAUUGGGAAUGCCACCCCAAAAAAUAUUGGAUGUUUCAAAGCGAGCUAGAAAUUUUAUUAGUUCAAAAGGAUAUCCUCGUUACUGUUCUGUGACAACUUUACCAGAUGGAAGUGUAGUAUUAAAUGGUGGACGUUCUCGUCGUGGUAAACCUCGUGGACCACCCGGUAGCAAAGAACUUGUGACAGCUUUAAAAGGUUGUGAUGAUCCCAUGUUUAUCGACUUUAUGCGUAGGUCAUUGGAUUGGGAUCCAAAUGUUAGGAUGAACCCAAGUCAAGCUUUAAGACAUCCUUGGUUGAGGAGAAGACUUCCGAGACCACCACAAAAUGAAAGCAGAGCAGAUUCAGGAGCAAGGCGUAAUUCUAUAGGUACUCGUGGCUCUGGGAUGCCAAAACUUUCAAAUGGAACAGUUUCUAAUAGUGCAAAAUCAGGUGCACGAUUAAUAGCCGUGCAAGAUGACAUGAAUACACGAACAAAAUUACCCCAAAUAGGUUCCACCUUAUAA